AUGAAGCGUGCUGAUAUUCAAGGACUUCGAGCUAUUUCAAUUAUUUCUGUGAUUUUAUAUCAUAUUUGGCCUCUUAAUUUUCCUAAUGGAUUUUUAGGUGUUGAUGUAUUUUUUGUUAUUUCUGGCUAUUUAAUUGCUAAAUGUUUACAAAAUAUAGGGACAAAUAGUUUGAGUUUCCCGAAAUUAUUUGAGACAAUUUUGGAUUUUUAUAAGAGACGAAUACAAAGAAUUGUGCCUAUUUAUUUAGGUGUUGUUUGUGCUACAGCUAGUAUUUCACGUACUAUUAUGCUUGAAUCUGACUUCCAACAGGCUAGACUGGAUAUGUAUUGGAGUCUUGGUUUUGUAACAAAUUUACAAUCAUUGUUUUUGAAUUCUAAAGAUUAUUUUACUGAGGUUUAA